AUGACACCGGAAGCCACGCGCAUCGUCUUGGAAAACGUGGACUUUCGUUUACCCACACAAGUCACAGACGACAAUAGUGUCGUCGCUUUGAAAAGCCUGGUCUUUGAACCGCUUGUUUGGUGGCACCCACAUGGUUGCGUUAAGCCCGGCUUGUUUGCCAGUUGGGAGAGCUCACCAGAUGCUCGCUCAUGGCGAUUCCACAUACGCGACGAAGCCAUCUUCCACGAUGGCCUUCGAUGCACGGCCGAUGUGAUUGUCACAUAUAUCCUUGGGUUUCUUGAUUCCCGCGAUUAUUUCGGCAUGCCCUGGAGCUACAGUCGCUACUUCGCACAUGCAAGGAUUUCUGCCGAAAGUGAGACCACUGUUACCAUCGAAACCCCGGCACCAUUCCCUGAUGUUCUUGAAGUGUUAUGCGAUUUCUGGCCAUCACGAAUCGAUGCCGCUGAUAAACCUGUGCUUGGCACCGGUCCUUAUAGCGUCAGGCAAUUUGAACGAAACGAUGGAAUCGGCAGAGCAACUUUGGAAGUAUUGCGUCCGAGUAAAUCGCACAAGUCGCAUGUGAUUGUCGCAACUCAAGAGCCCGAUGGUGCCAAACGCCUCCAGUUAUUACGCGACGGCAAAGUGGACGUGGCACUGAAUCUCGAGCGGACAAGGAACCUUCAGCUCCUCAACUUUGACUCGAGCCUCAACUGGGGCAAGACACACAGCACAUUAUCUGUGAUUUAUUACUUGAACUGUCCCGAAGGUGUGUUUUCUUCGCCCGAGUUGCGCCUCGCCGCCAAUCUGGCGCUCGACAACGCUGCAUUAGUGGAUAAAGUCUAUCAAGGACUCGCGACACCUUCUGCCAGCAUCGUGAGCCCAUUUCACCACGGCUUCGUAGAGGCAGCAUUGCAGCCCAUACCAUAUAAUCCAGACCAGGCUCGACGAUUGGUGAAGAAGUUUGGUUCCGAGCAGAAUUUGGAAUUAAAACUGCGAAGUCCAACCUACAUGCCCGAGCACGCGGAGCGCAUCUCCCAAUUCGUGGCAUCGGCGUUGGAGUCAAUAGGAUUUAGUGUCCAGGUCGAAGUCGAGACGAAUAGACCUGAGUACGCGAGGCAGAUUGGGCUUCGAAAGGAAAUUGGUGAUUUGGCACUUUUCGACUCCACGCCCAACAGCACGUUCCGCGUCCUUGACGACAAAGUCUCGAGCGAUGCACGCAAUACCUGGUGGCUAGGAUACCACGAUGACGAGCUACAGAAAAGAUUUCGCGCAGCGCGACAAACAAUCGCAAACAAAGAAAGGGCUGAAGCUUAUGGGAGUUGUUUGGCGAGAUUGCACGAGAAUCCUCCAUGGUUAUACAUUGCACAUCCAGAUGUUGUAUGGGCGAGCCGACCAGGGCUCUCUUUGAAUAUAGGACCCUCCGGUGUCUUGAGUCUCUAG